AUGGCGCUAGUGGGGCACAGCGCUGGCGGCUGGAUUGCCCGCAUCUUGCUCGGCGGCGAGGCAUACCAAGGUGUGCGGUACGUGCGCAGCGGCUUGGUGCACACGCUGUUAACGCUGGGCACGCCGCACGCCAGCAUUGAGGCCUACCCUUUCGGGCGUGCACAGGAGAUGCUAACGGGCGCCCACCUUGAUCAAGCACCAGCAGGGGUGCGGGGAAGCAGCCUGCAGUUUGCCAACCACUUCUAUCCUGCCGCCGCCAGCUUGGGCGGCGUGCGGGUGGUGUGCGCCUGCGGCGACGCCAUCCGCGGGCGUGCCCUGUGGGGUGCCGGCGGCAGCAGCAGCAGCAGCAGCAGCACCGCCGGCGACAGCGAUGCCGACGCCGGCUCCAGCAGCGGCAGCGGCGAUGGCAUCACCAAGUGGGAUCGAUACUUUGCCUAUGAAUCCUACAAGAGUGGUUGCGGCCGUGGCGAUGUGGACGGGGACGGCGUGACGCCGCUGUGCAUCUCGCAGCUGCCCGGGGCGGAAGAGCUGGUGCUGCCGGGGGUAUGGCACAGCCCGCGGCGCAAGGCGGGGCAGCUGUGGUACGGGGAUGCCGCCGUCCAGCAGCAGUGGCAGCAGUAUCUGCUGGAGCCACAGGGCAGCGCGGUGGGCAGCGGAUGA